AUGUUACAGCCCACCCUCAAUCCAGAUAAUAACCAAUUAAACCGAGAUCUUGUUCUAUUAAACCGAUUGGCGGCUUUAAGGCAUCAAUAUCAAAGAGGAGAUGUGGUAACUUUAUGGUCGCCGACUGAUCCAACCAGAACAAUUAUCAAGAGGAUAGUUGCAGUGGAAGGAGACUACGUUUACCCAUUAAAACCACAUCCCAAAGAGAUUGUGAGAAUCCCUAAAGGACAUUGCUGGAUCGAGGGUGAUGAGAAUUUCCAUAGCAAAGAUAGCAAUAUUUAUGGACCAGUUCCACUUGGCCUGAUAACUGCAAAGGUGACGCAUAUCGUAUGGCCAUUAUCCAGGCUCGGCAGGGUACCUCAUCGUGGCAGGCCUGAGCGCGUUAAGUAUGGCGCAGGCCCUAGUGAUGAGGAUGAGGAUGAUUCGUACAAACCAAAUUUUGCAUAA